AUGCCGAAUCCAGAGACACACUCUCCUGCUGCGUUGAGGAGGCAAGGGAGCUGCAGCAAGUUCUUCCAGGUCUGCAAGCCGUACGUCGCCAUGAUCUUGCUCCAAUUCGGCUACGCCGACAUGAACAUCAUCACCAAGGUCUCCCUCGACGACGGGAUGAGCCACUACGUGCUGGUCGUCUAUCGACAUGCCUUCGCCACCUUGUCCAUAGCCCCCUUCGCCCUCACCCUCAAGAGGCCGGUCAUAGACCAGAAUUUCUACUACGCCGGGUUGAAGUUCACGUCGCCCGCCAUGACCUUCGUGCUGGCCGUCCUAUGCAGGAUGGAGAAGGUUGAUCUGAAGAAGGUGAGAUUCCAAGCCAAGGUGGUCGGGACGCUGGUGACUGUGGCCGGGGCUAUGUUGAUGACCCUGUACAAGGGGCCUCUUAUGGAGAUGGUGUGGACGAAGCAUAUGCAUGACCGUCCCCACCAAGCCAACGUACCUGGUUCAAGGGCUGCAUCUUCCUUGUCAUUGCAACCCUGGCUUGGACUUCUCUCUUCAUCCUCCAGGUAA